GUUCCAACACUGUGCGCGGAGCCACUCACGCUGUGGUGCUGUGGCGGAAAGGGAGCGGACGCAGCUGAGCUUUGUCGCACGAUUUUAUUCCCUGUUCGAACCCUGUCCGACGUCGUGUCACCCACGGCUGCACUCCGCGAAUAUUAGCCGUCGAUCUCCCGAAACUCUUGACGAAAAUGUCCGCUUCGCCCGUCGCUCGCCAGGCCGUGGCCCAGGCCCAGCCACAAAGCAUUCCUCGCCGAAUUCAGAUCAACUCGCCGGCCGAGAUGCCUCAUGACUACAGCACCACGCCGGGGGGGACCAUGUUCUCCACAACCCCAGGCGGCACAAGGAUCAUAUAUGAGAGGACCUUCCUGUUACAAAUGAGAAAUUCUCCUCUUGCCAAGAGCCCACCCAAGAACCUCCCCGUGAUCCCAGGGGUCACAUCCAAGGAUAAUGCUGUCGUCCACAGGGAAAAUGGAACCAUCCCUGAGGAACCUGAGAAAACUGAGGCUGUUGAGGGAGACCAGUUCGAAAUGGACCUCUAAGGUUAUUUUUGAGUUUCCGUCGCCAGUUCUCCGCCCAUCCCAGUAUUUGUAAAGAGGUCAAGUUUGGAAGUAAUGUUGAGGAGCUGCACAGGUCUUUGGGUUGGGAUUUUACUUCCCAUUUAGAUAUUGCAGUGCAUACUCUUUGGCCACAACCGUUACAUGUAAUCAUUAGAUAAUUUAUCAGGAAAAUAAAUGUAGCAAACAAAAUUGUGCUGUAAUUAGGUUGGUAAAGUGAGUCACAAUGUUAUGGUCAGCCAUAUGACCAGGGACUUGCAGCACAGAAUAAUCUAUGUCACAGGUCAAGUGCCUGAACAAACCAGGGCAGAAUAAUUGCUCAUUUAAGCUCAACUGCUCGCACAAUUCAGUGUUGGCUUCAUCGAAAUAUUUUGUGAUAAUUCUUUGAGCCUUCCAAUGGCGGCACCAUUUUCAAAGCUCGAAGACUCUUCUGCAGAAAGUCUGGCCAGCUAGAGAGACUGGGAGGGGAAGUAAUGCAGCUGACUGGAAGUUACCUUGUCAUUUUGAUUUUUCCUUUCUUAAUGUUUGUUUACAACUUCCAGAGCUGAUAUGUUUACAUUUUGUAAUCUCUUCUUGUAUGUCAUGUCAUCAGGGACUGGAUUGCAAGUGCAAUUAUGUUCAUAGUAUGUCUUAACUCUAAACUUGUGGUUUUGCAUUGUGCCAAGAAUUGUUGCCUUGUAUUCCAAAUGUGUGUUUCAUGCUUUGUUUCCUAAGAUGUUGUUGCUUCAGGUUACACUGGAAAUUUCUCCAUGCUAUCUACUUUGUUUUAAUCCUUAUGAAGGAUUGGUUAAAAGGUAAAGGACAGGCAAGCAUACAUGGUUAACCUGGCUCCUCUGUCAAAUUAUGCCAGUAGAAGCCAUGGUUACAAGGGAAGUAAAUGCUUUGCUAGAAGAUUUAGAUGCAUAUAAUUGUCUCUCAACAACUAUUAUUAUAUUUGUGAUAGAUUUUCUAGGGGAAUGAAAGUGUGAGAAAGGUUGGUGUGCUUUUUGAAAGCCAAAAAAUGAAAAUUACAAAAAAAGGUGAAAUUUUAUGCAACUUCUGUUAUGGAUCUUCCAAGUAUGUAUUAAAACUACAACUUAAGAUUUGAAUAUUAUAUUUGGAUUGAUACAUUUUUUAAUGUAACUAAUACUUUUUGUCAGUAUUCAAAUUGACUCUGUAUUAUCAACUUAAAUUACAAGGUGGUUUUGCAUUGAUACUAUAGUUCUCUAAUCUAGAACUGUACUUUGUAAGUUCUCGUCAUAUGAUAAGACUUUACAUUUACUGUUUUAUUGUCAGAGAUCAUUGAAUAUCUCAACCUAUGUAUUAAAAAAGAAAAAGUUUAUAUAAAAAAUAUUAAAAUUAUUUAAAGUCA